ACAGUCAUCCUGCCGGGGAGGCGCCCGCUUAUCUCGAGGCUCCCCAGAUGGCGCGGGGAGGGUGCCCCGCUGCGUGCGGUGCGAGGUCCCCCCGUGGGGAGGAGGGGCCCGGUCACCCAGUGCAGGCGGCGUCGUGACCACGGCCACAGGCGAGCUGCGGCGGAGCUCCCAUCGGGGCUUUGCUAAGUGCUUUCGCCGCAGCGGUCGGCACUCGGCUUACACCGUUCACGGGCCCCUGAGCGGGGUGUCAUCAUCCCCACUUUUCAGGGGCGGAAACUACGGCCCCGAGGGGCUGAAGGACUUGUCAACAGAAGCCAGACCCCAGAGAACCCCUCAUCGGCUCCCACACACGCCCCCGCCCAGAGCAUGUUCCAGAUCCCAGAGUUUGAGCAGAGUGAGCAGGAAGACUCCAGCCCUGCAGAGAGGGGCCUGGGCCCCAGCCCCACAGGGGACCAGCCCCCAGGCCUCAACAAGCACUGGAGUACGGUCCCAGGUCUCCUGGGGGGAGCUGGUCACCAGCAGGGCCAGCCGGCCAGCAGCAGCCACCAUGGAGGCGCUGGGUCUGUGGAGCCGCGGAGUCGCCACAGCUCGUACCCCACGGGGACCGAGGAAGAUGACGACACCGAGGAGGGGGAGCCCAGCCCCUUCCGCGGCCGCUCGCGUUCAGCGCCCCCAAACCUCUGGGCAGCACAGCGCUACGGCCGCGAGCUCCGGAGGAUGAGCGACGAGUUCCAGGGCUCCUUUAAGGGACUCCCUCGCCCGAAGAGCGCAGGCACAGCGACGCAGAUGCGGCAAAACUCCAGCUGGACGCGCUUUUUCCAGGCCUGGUGGGGUCGGAACUCGGGGAGAGGAGGCUCCGCCCCCUCCCAAUGACCUUUCCCACGCGGAAGCCCGGCAGCCAUCUUGGGUGUGGGCGGAAGUCGUCUCCGCGGGCCUCUGCGGAGGAUCGGUCUCUCCGCGUCGGCAGGAGGAGUCCUGACCGGAGCCGGUUCCCUUCCGGUGUGUGCGGGGACUCCCGCGGCUUCAUCUCAGCGGAAGUUUUGAAGUUUUUCCGCCCUUAGCCGCUGGGAGGGGGCUGCCCCCGGCGCCCGCGCCAGGUUGCCGGCCGGAGUCACCGGAACCCUUUCCUCGCCACGGAUCGCACUAAUAAAGCCCCAUCUCUGCC